UUAAUUAGAUAUAUAAGCUAGUGAUCUUAUUAAAAUUGAAACUAAGCAUUAAAUGUAUACAUUCAGUUAAAUUUUUCAAAAAAAGUUUUUAAAUUUCAAUAAAAAAUGAAAUUUUAUAUGUUGUUGGUCGUCAUCAUACUCUUUGUUGUAAUUUUCAUUACUCAAGAUUCAUUAGGUGCACCAUCUAACAAAACAUAUGAUGAAUCAUUUGAAAUCAGUGACUCUGGUGAAAAGUACUAUCUGGCUGAAGAACCACCUAACGUCGAGAAGAACUCUAGUGAAGAAUACCAUUUGGCUAAAGAAACAUUUGAUGCAUCAUCAAGAGAAAAAAGUGAACCACCUAACGUCGAGAAGAAAUUAAAUGAAUUGAUAACGGAAGAGGAAUCAUUUGAAAUCAGUGACUCUGAUGAAAAGUACUAUCUGGCUGAAGAACCACCUAAUCUUGAUAAGAACUCUAGUGAAGAAUACCAUCUGGCUCGAGAAACAUUUGGUGCAUCAUCUAGCGAAAAGAAUGGGAAAUCAUUUGAAAUCAGUGACUCUAAUGAGAAUUACUAUUUUGCUCUAGAUAAUUCAUUAGAGACAGAAUCGUGCGAAUAUUAAUUGAUUUUAUAAGAACAUUUUGUGGCUUAAAUUUAACAAUAAUGUAUAAAUCUUUUAUUUAAAUUAAAAAAUUGUAUAUUUUUUAAUGUUUAUUUUAUAUAUGAUAAGCAAGUUUGUUAAAAAUAAUUAUAGUUGGACACACUAGUGAUCCUUUGUAAUUUCACGAAACAUAUUGUAAAACAUUUUUAUUGAAAUUUGGUAUUAAUUUAUAGUUUAUUUUUAUAAUUAUAAAAUUUUUUAAUUGUGUAUUAACACUCCUUAAAAUUAUUUCUUGAAAAACAUUUAGAGGAGACAAUUAGAAUAUUAUAUGUCAGAUUUUUAUAAACUUAAGUUAUUCUAAUUAAUUGCAAAUAAAAUUUAUUUUAAUGCGUAAGAAUAAAAAUAAUUAUUAAAAUUCA